GUCCGCCACUGAGUCGCCGAUGUGAUGAGCAGCAAGUCGACGGCCGUGUGCCGCUAUUUCGCCUCGGGAGGCACCUGCUUCUACGGCAACGAGUGCCAAUUCAUUCAUGGAACCCCCGACCGAAUUUCCAAUAAACAACAACAACAACAACAUGGGCCGCCACAUCAGCCUCCACCGCCUCACUCGCAGCAACAGCAUUCCCAGCACCAUUCGUCACCCCAUCAGCAGCCGAAUCAAGGCAGCAACAAUGAUUCCCUGCUAUCGGAGGAGGUUCUGUUCACAGGCUACGAUUUGCCCGCGGAAUCCAAGCUCAGUUCUUACAUCUGUCCGGUGCAAACAACACGCUCGCCAAUGCGCGCCGCGUCCGUGGUCAGCGACGUGCCACACUCGGCGAUGGGGUAUCGAGCCGAUGCGUCGAUAGUUAAUUCUAACGCCGGCUUUUUACGGCCGCUCCAGGCGACGCGAAUGCCUAAGGAGGCUCCGUUGGCCACGUCGCUAUCGAACCUCUCCAUGCAAGACGUCAACGCUCAGGAGUUCGUGCCGGUUUCAUCAAGAGGCAGUUCGUCGAGUCUAAACAAUGUCUCUAGCCAGCCUAUGACACACUCAUUGAGUGCGCCCAUUGGCGCAUUCAGCAAAAGUGGUCCCGCUGGACACCUAUUAAGGGAUCGGGAUAGCCCUGACAAUUCGCCAGUGAUUGCCCGCAGGUCAUACAUAAGGAAUCCUUCGCCACUAACCGUCAACGGAGGGGAAUAUGCUACUCCCACGGGCAUGUAUCAAGAAUCUUUGGGAGGUACAACCUACUUCUACCAACCGGCUGGCGGUAACGGAGAUGAAAACGGAGGUGAAUCAACUGCACUUGGGGUAACACCAGACACGGCUGUCGCGGAAAUGACUACUGCAGCUACUGGGGGUCUGGCUACUGCAAGUGGAGUACCAAUUGCAUCAGCCCCUGAAAUGAUACCUCCCGCGUUUCACAUGUUUCCCGGUCCGCCCGCCCAUGUCGAACAUAUGAAGCCGAAAGCCAACGCGCCAUCAUUUUUCAUGUCCGAUGAACUGCGUCUAGAACUUCUUAGUAGGGCUGCGUUGUUGAACUCACGAGUAAACGCAGAGUUUUUCCCUGAUCUUCCACAACAUAUCGACGCGUAUACGAAUAUUUGCCCGUUAGAGACUCAGGUGAAUAAGAGCCACUGUUACGGGUACGUCACCUCGGUGUAUAGGGCAACUAACGUUAAAACCGGACUCGUCUACUGUCUACGUAGGAUACAUGGCUUUCGACUUAGUUCGACGAAGACGAUCAUUGAAAUUAUUGAUCACUGGAAAAAGAUUCAACAUUCAAACCUCGUUCAACUACGGGAAUUGUUCACGACGAAAGCGUUUGGCGACAACUCGGUUGUGUUCGUAUACGACUUCUUUGCGGGAGCGCAGACAAUGAAGCAGGUGUAUUUCAACGGGCUGGGGGCCUCGGGAGCAGGAAAUGGUAGUGGGGCAUCCGGCGCUGCAGGUGGCUACAAUACAACGCCUGCAACUCACAACGGCAUGGGCCAGCAACAGGCAAAGAACCGAGUCGGUGGCCGCGGCCUUCAGCAACACCCAGAUGGCUCGCUACGGCAAGGUCACGGUCUUCUACCCGAAAGCCUCAUCUGGACAUACGUUGUACAACUUAGUUCGGCUUUACGCACCGUUCAUGCCGCCAAUCUUGCCAUCAGAUGCCUCGAUCCCAGCAAGGUACUGCUAAGCUCGGCGGGUAAGUCCCGCUUACGGCUGAAUUGUGCUGCCAUUGUAGACGUGAUCACAUUGGAUUCUGCACAAGCUGGCGGCGGAGCUGGAAACCAGCGGACCGCAGCAAUGGUACAUUGUUAUCAGAAAGAAGACCUAGCUCACCUAGGCAGACUUAUACUCUGCCUGGCGUGUAAUUCGUCCUCUGCGUAUCAGUUUGUGGAAUCGUCAAUGGAGUUGGUGACUAAGAAUUAUUCAUCUGAUCUGCGCAAUCUGCUUGUGCUACUACUUAGCAUGCCGCCACGAGUGUCUUCAAUCAACGACGUUAUGCCAAUGAUUGGAGCACGUUUCUACACGCAACUGGACGCUGCGCAAAUGCGUGGCGACGUCCUUGAAGCCGAGUUGGCGAAAGAGGUUGAUAGUAGCCGCUUGUUCCGCCUACUUGUCAAGCUUGGCGCGAUCAACGAACGGCCAGAACUUAAUAUUGAUACGACGUGGAGUGAAACUGGCGACCGUUAUAUGUUGAAGCUCUUCCGCGACUUUCUUUUCCACCAGUGCACAAAGGAGGGCCAACCCUGGCUAGAUAUGGCCCAUGUUGUGCAGUGCCUAAACAAGCUUGACGCUGGUGUAGAGGACAAAAUCUGUCUGGUUUCACGCGACGAACAGAACGUCCUCGUUGUGAGCUACGCCGAAUUAAAGCGCUGUAUUGAAUCGGCAUUUCGCGAAAUCUAUGAUAAGAUGCAGUAAGCAAUGUAAAAACAGAGGAAGGUUGGG